UGACGGUUGUUUUACUUGACACGGUCCACAUCACCCCCCGCUCUAGACGUGAUAUCCGACUUCUCUUUCUCUGGCUUGUAGAUUUGUUUUGGGUGGCUAUCGUCCUUUCGAGCGUCCAUCUGCUUGACUAUUUCAUCAUCCUACCCAUCAUUCUGGUGGGCAUGAAAGCGAUUCUUGGCUAGCCUAUGGCGCGGAACGGAUACCUCAUCCUGUUUCUAUAUUUCUCACCUCUCCCGCAUUACUCCCCUGGUCAUGUCCCGUUACAUAACAUCUCGGGGUCAAGGUGGCUUCCACCUCCCCAAAGUCAUUUCACCCCUACCCGUUUUUACUCUCCUCUUUACUCCUCCCCAAGAAAUGGAAACUUGAGGGCGUGGGAUCUGUGUUUAUUCGCCCUUCAUCAUGUAUUGUCGGUGUUUGUUAAAGGUACCGUGAAUGCACGGAAGAAGGUCAAAAAGGAAACACGAACAACAAUUGUUUGGAAAAAGGAGUGUGUGUGUAUGUGUGGCAUUGUUUUGAUAUCCCCAUGGUUUGUUUAUUAUGUGUAUUUUGCUCUACAGAUACCUGGAAAUCAAAUGUCGAAGCAUCGGUUGGUACCGAUCGACAUGGAUGUCGAUCGAGAACCUAUUUCACCUCAGUUUCCGUCCUGGUAAUAUCCGGAUUGAGUCGACUAAGCGGAGAGUCUCAU